GUGGAGGUGUGCACAGUGGCCGUCUAAUUGAGUACCCGCUGGUAAACACAAAGAAGGAGAAGCAGGAGAAAACGGAGAAGAAGAAAAAGAAGGAGAAGAAGAGGAAGAAUACAGCGCGCUAUCAACUAGCUUGGCAGGUUACGUCGAGGAAAUUCUCUGAGUUGUUUUUCUUCACCACUCCGCCUCCGCUUCGUCCCCUUCACGAGCGCUGCAGGUUUGUUGGGGUUUUAGCUUUCUUCCUGACCUGCCAACAUGCCAGCCGCACUUACAGAUUCCAGUCAGAUAAUCUGUGAAGUCUGGGCGAGCAAUGUGGAGGAGGAAAUGAGGAAGAUCCGGCAGAUUAUUCAAAGCUACAAUUAUAUUGCCAUGGACACAGAAUUCCCUGGAGUGGUUGUCCGACCCAUUGGCGAGUUUCGCAGCACAGUGGACUACCAGUACCAGCUGCUGAGGUGUAACGUCGACCUCCUUAAGAUCAUCCAGCUCGGGCUCACGUUCAUGAACGAGGAUGGCGACUAUCCCCCCGGCACAACGACGUGGCAGUUCAACUUCAAAUUCAACCUCACAGAAGACAUGUACUCGCAGGACUCCAUAGACCUGCUCCAGAACUCCGGUCUCCAGUUUAAAAAACACGAAGAAGAAGGGAUCGACACGCUGUACUUCGCUGAGCUCCUCAUGACGUCUGGUCUGGUGCUGUGUGAAAACGUCAAGUGGCUCUCCUUUCACAGCGGCUACGACUUUGGGUACCUGGUGAAGCUCCUGACAGACGCGCGGCUCCCUGAGGAGGAACACGACUUCUUCCAGAUCCUCAACCUGUUCUUCCCCGCAAUCUACGACGUCAAGUACUUAAUGAAGAGCUGCAAGAACUUAAAGGGAGGGCUACAAGAAGUGGCGGACCAGCUGGAGCUCAAGAGGAUCGGGCGGCAGCAUCAGGCUGGAUCAGACUCUCUGCUCACCGGUAUGGCUUUCUUCAGGAUGAAAGAGCUCUUCUUCGAAGACAACAUAGACGACGCAAAGUAUUGUGGGAGACUGUACGGCCUGGGCUCGGGCUCCAGCCAACCCCAGAACGGCAUCUCCAGCUCGGGCCAAGAGGAGGCGAACAACAAGCACUGACCGAGCGCUCGACUUUUCAAGUGGAACUCGCACUUGUUUUAAAACCCAACCAGCAGAUUUACCCUCUGAUCUCCCUCAGCACUCGAUCCCUGAACAAGACAAAAGUAAAUAUUGCUUUAAAUUUCCCUCCUGAGUGACUGUAAAAUGGACUCACGCUGACAGUGGAUCCUUCACUGGCUCGCUCAUUUCUUUUGAGUCACUUUUACUGAGUAUAUGGCUUCAGGACACUUUUUUAAAACCUUCUUUCAGUUACAGCAUUAGCGACACCCUUCUUUACAGCAUGGGACCAGCUCCUGUCUCACACUGUGAUUUCAGACCAAACUUUGACAAGAACAGUCAGAUUCUUCAGUUCAGACUAUCCUUCUCAUCAGCGGGACUCGUCUCUUGUUGCAGGGAUUUCACUUUUUUUUAAGUUGAUGCUGGAAGGGCCUGUAAAUUAAAAUGUAUAAUUUUGAUGAGAAUAAAAAUGUUUUAGCUCUUUUCCACUUUCAGAAACUUUUAACAGUGUAAAACUGUGCUUGGUUAUGGAUGUGUUUCAAUGGGCAAACUACUGUCGUUCUGUAUAUUCACCAACCAAACUGUCCACCGUCAGGUUUACAGAUGUUGUGGUUACUGUUGUUUUUACAUUCUACAUUGUUUUAAACAGUUGUAUAUUAAAUUGUUUUGUAUUUUGAAUGUAAAUUUUAAGUAUUUGAUUUUUUUUUUUUUUCUUUUUUUGGAAUCACACUGACACACAACUGGUCAUUUGUUUAAAAAAGGUUCAUUUCACGUCAUCGGAGCCUCAUGUCUAGAAUUUGUGGUGCAGUAGAUGAGACCUGUGAGUUAAACUUCAUCCAAACACAUUUUUCUUCUUACCUGGAAAGUUGUCUGCAAUCUCAGAGGGGACGCUUUUAAAAAUGUGAUUUAAAAAUUGGUUGAUUAUUUGAUAGAAAACGAAUGAACUCUUGAUGAUCGAUGAAUUAUUCUUUAAAAAAAAUACCAAAUAUUCUCCCGUUCUAGCUUUUGUGUUUUAUAACUUUGCAAUUUUUUUUUUUUUUUUUUGGCUAUGGAAAACUGACUUUUUAAGGCAUAUAAUAGAAUUUAAUCAAAAGUUACAUUAAAACCAAGCUUCAACUAACAUUUGGUUACUGACUAAUAACUAAUUGUUUAUCAGACAGUGCUAUUGGAACAACUGAUGUCCAGAUUUCCAAGAUCCCAAAGUGAUCCAGAACCCAAAGAUGUUCAAAUUGCAAAGUUACGAAACAGAAGAGCAGCAAAUCCUUAAGCAGAAUUAAAAAAACAUGAUUGGAAUUUAUGAAUGAAUAAAAGACAUUAGUUGGCAUUUUAAAGGAAAUGUUCCCAUUUUCUCAAGUCUGUCCUAAAACGUAAAAUGUUUCAGUGUACAUAAGGACAUGUAUUGUUUUAAGACAGACUUCAGGAACAAACUAAAUCUGACUGUCCAACAAAUGUUCUGUCUUUCCAAUCUAACCUGCUUACAACCUCCACAAAUCCUUUCAAAUUUUGAAUAGGCCUGUGUUUCAGAUAUUUUUCCUUUUGUGACCAUGUAUUAUAAAAUCUCUGUUCUCGCCACAGCCUAGUAGUCUUUUUUAUUGGGUUGGUUAUUUAUAUGAAAUCGACAUUUACUGUGGUCCCAGGCAGGUACUAUGUAUAAUAUUAUUUUCCAUCAAGUGCAAGACAACAGUGAU